AGCAGCCUCCAGUGUGUGUCUGUCCCUGGACACUUCCUUCACUGCCCACGAUGGAUCAAUGUGUUGUACACAAACCAGGGUGGUGUCAGGGGCUUUUUGGAAGAGCCAACUUGCGUGCCAGAGAAAGGGAAGGGAGUUCAUGAGCGGUCAUCAUUCCUCCUGGGCUGCUGGGAAGUGACGUUUCAGCUGCUGGGAAUUGCUGUGAGAAGUCCAUGUCCUUGGCCAACUGGUCUGUGGCAGCUCUGUCAUCAGCAGGAGUAUAUAAAGACAGUUCUUUUGGGGCAAGACAUCACUUUGGGAAGCCACCCUUUAGGAGAAAGCAGCUGUUGUAUUUGGUGGCACUGAAUUUGGACAUGAAGAUCUUUUCCCUUUUCUUUGCUGUUCUCCUCUUAAUGCUCCAAGGCACUUCAGGUUUCAUGCGUGCCCCCAACAACGAGGUGCAGUGCAAACAGGCUGGGGGUGUUUGUUCCACUGACCCUUGUCCCCCAGCCAACACAAGGUCCUUUGGGCGCUGCCAGCGAGGGGUCCCUUGCUGUAGGACCGUGUAUGAUUAGUGACCACUGACAUCUCAUAUGGGCUAAGCAGAGCUUCUGGAAAUUUGAGAGAUGCAUCAUCCCAUCAGAAAAUCUGGAAUUUUGAGCAGAAAAUAUGCAUUAACACACACGUGAACACAGCAAAACAUGAACUACAGAAACAGAACAAACUCCUUCACAAACAGCCUUAAUGACCUGAAGGAUCUUGAAAGCAAUUCUUGAACCACCCAGAAAACAACAAUAUUUCUCAUUUUUAAAAAGGUUUUGCUGUUGAAAUUAUAUUGUGUCAAUCAGCUUCUAUCUCAGAGAGAUCAGACACAUUCAGAAGUCUGUCCCCAUGAGAGGAUGCAGAACAAGUUCUUCCUCUGGCCCUCAGAACAGCUAUUCUUUUUCUUAUUUCCUUUUAGGGUUAGCAAUAAUUUGAAUAGUGCUAGAAGGCAAAGGCUCCAGGAGACAUUGAAUUCUCAUUUGGGGGUGUUUGUACUUCAUAGUCUUCAUAUCUCAAUAAAUUUUAGUAAACUUG